AUGGACACCGAUCGCCUGUCAAUCAGUGAAAGGGAGAAAUACAUGAAGGAAGGGCGAUGCUUCACCUGUGGUCAGACUGGCCACAGGGCUGCCAAUCACAAGCAGGACAAAGGCAAGCAACCAGAGAGACGACCUGUCCGAGCUACAGAGGUCAAAGAAGAUGCAGACAAAGGAACCUCCAGUGUUGCCAAGAUCAAAGCAAUGAUGGCAGAACUUGAAGAGAACGACAAGAUCAAUAUUUUGCUAUCACGUGGAAAGGGAAGCGCUGAAACGACUGGAGAAGCCCUCAUUGAUUCAGGGGCUGGAGGAAUCUUUAUCGACCAGAAGUUUGUGCUGACGAACAAGCUGAAGAUGGUCCCUAUACCUAGACCAAUCAAGGUCUUCAAUGUUGACAGCACCAAGAACAGGCAAGGUCUCAUUACCAAGGCCGCAUUCCUACAGAUGAAAAUUGGAGAUCGAGUCCGCUCUGUCUGA